CUUACGUUCUGAAAUUUCUAUAAGAAACCUGUAUAAAUGAAGCAAUUAGAGACCAAGAAAACUAAAAGACCAAAAAAAAAAACAAGAAAAUAUAGAAAUAUAGUAUGGGUUCUCUAACAGCUUCACCAAAACUACUAAUAGUAGACUUCAAAAAUGAAGAAUUAAGGCCAGGCACAACUACUUGGGAAUCUACAUGUAAAGAAAUUAGGCAUGCCUUUGAAAACCAUGGCUGUUUCAUAGCACUUUAUGAUAAAAUCUCACCCCAACUUCAAAAAUCCAUUUUUCAAACAAAUUUCCAACAAUUAUUUGAACUCCCUUUAGAGAAAAAAAUCCUAAACACAAAUGAAAUACCUUAUCAUGGCUAUGUUGGCAGAAGUUCAUUUUUACCUCAUCAUGAAGCCUUUGGUAUUGAUUAUGCAACUACUACUCAAGGUAUUCAAAGCUUCUCCAACCUCAUGUGGCCUCAAGGAAAUGACUCUUUCUGUGAGAGUUCGUUGAUGUUUUCCAAGAUUGUGGCAGAGUUGGAUAAGAAGGUUGUAAGAAUGUUGUUUGAGAGCUAUGGAAUAACGAAAAACUGUGAAUCGUACAUUGAAUCAACAAGGUAUCUCCUACGACACGUCAAUUAUGACAUACCAAAGACGAAAGAAACUAGUACGGUUUUCCCUUCACAUACUGAUAAAACGUUCACUACCAUACUUUAUCCAAAUCAAAUUUCAGGCUUGGAAUUUCAAAUUAGAGAUGGUCAAUGGAUAACCCUUGAGUUACCACCAUCUUCUUUUGUAGUCCUAGCUGGUGAAGCAUGCAGAGGUUGGAGCAAUGAUAGGGUUCUUGCUCCAAUUCAUAAGGUAGUUCUGGAUAUAAAUGGGAGUGAAACAAGAUCCACUAUUGGAUUAUUUACUUUCAUUAAGGAUGAUAAAAUUAUAGAAGUGGCAGAAGAAUUAGUUGAUGAAGAACAUCAAUUGAAGUUCAAGCCAUUUGUUCAUUCAGAUUUGAUCAAGUUCUUUGCCACAGAACGUGGUCUAAGAUCACAGAAUUUACUCAAAGAUUAUUGUGGCGUUUGAAAUUAUAUGAAUUUUCUUGUAAUUUAUGUUUGGUUUCUUUGAUUUCUAUAUCCCAACAGAGAUAUUUUCUUCUUUUGUUACGUAUUUGUAUAAUGAAUCCAAUAAAAUAUUGUACGUUGAUAGUUUGUAA